UGAAUGUCACACAGUUAGUCCUCAUAAACUCUCAGGAACUGGAGCAUCACACACUGGCCUGAACUGAGCCCCAUUUGUGCAGCAUUGUGUCUGAUUUGUCACACACUCACUCAUGCAAACACAAUCACAGAGAGGCAUGCAGGCCAUCUCACAUAACUAUACAGUAAAUGGCUCGUUUGCAAAGCACACACAAAUGUGCACCCAGGUAAGCACAGGUUCACCCAGGUACACAGAUACCCCCCCAGGCUCCUGCUUGGUCUCCGGGAAACUGAAACCCACAGGCAGCCCAGCCCCUCUCCUGAAUUCUUCAUGAAGCAGGUAUACGACUCCCAGCCUGGGUGAGCUGCGCACAUUCAGGUCCACGGAGACAGGAACACGGGCUGCCGAGGAGGACAGAGGGCCGACGAGCACGACAGGCGCUGCGACUGGCCCAGGCACCUCCAGCGCCCGCGGGACGGUGACUACAGGCUUCAGCUUCAGCAGAGGAACGGGGGAGGCUCGAGCCAAGCUCUUAGCUUCCCAGCAUCUGCAUUUCCUUCUCGUCCACUCGCUCUAGUUCGAGGGGAGGGUGUCUGCAGGUGACGCUCCAGGUUCUCCAGCCUGAGGGGAACAGAGAGCGGGCCGUGGAGGGGGCACGAAUCACACAGGCGCGUUGGCGAGGAGCGUGCUCUUUAUACCCGACAGGCUGGCGUUGGUGAGUACCCGGCCCCACGGGCUGGCAGGAGCUGAGCGAGUGACGUCGGCCUCCCCUCUCUCUCUCUCCCGCAGCCGCCAUGUCCCAGGCCCCAGCCCCGGGUCCCGGGGCCGCCGACCGCUGCAGCAUCUGCCUGGAGGAGUUCGGCGUCUAUGGCCACGCCCUUCCCAGAAUGCUCCCCACCUGCCUGCACACAUUCUGCCAAGGAUGCCUGCAGGAGCUGAGGGCACGGAGUGGCGACGCGCUGCCCUGUCCCAUAUGCCGCCAGCUGAACCCUGUGGACCCCUGGACCGGCGUGGGGGCGCUGCCCAUCAACUCCCGCGUGUGGGGGGGGCGCCAGGGUGACAUGGGGCCGCUGGCCUUCGUGGACCCCGAGGACCCUGCCUGCCCGGCCUGUGGCGCCCUCACGCUGUACGCCCCGUUCGGACCCGGGGCCGGCGUUGCGCAGUGCCACACGUGCGAGGGGGUGAUCGAGCAGCCGUGGCUGGAGGAGGAGCUGCCCUCACGGACUGCAGUCUGGACCACGCCCCCAACCUCCAUGGAAACGGUCUCGGCUGCAGCCUAUAGGAACAGGACAGGGCCCGUGGCCACGCCCACCCGUCCUUCCCUCCUGCAGAGGUUCUUCAGGUUCAUAUGGAAGCUGCUAUUUCGCUGAUGGGGAUCACCUGCUGCUGAGCCUCUGGACUCGAGAGAGAGAGGAGAGGGGCUGUGGGCUGUCAGCCUCUCUCUCAAGGCUGCGUUUCCAAGCGUUUCACUCUCUGCGUGUCUGUGCUCACAGCACAACUAUCGUCUGGCUCAAUCUGGCUACAUCAUGUCUGGCUUCUUUCAAGAAACACUCCGAGCUCAUCUGUGCUGUAAUCACUCUGCAUUCUUCAGUGCGGCUGCCUGUGUGAUCUGUUACUCAGUCUGUCUCCGGGACUGUUACUGGCCUCAGGAAGCUGGCUGUGAAAAAGCCCAAAGCUCGCUCUUAAAAAACUCAAAUAAACAAAGAGAAAGAAAACAAAACAACUGUUCUAAGUUGUGACAUUGAUGGAAGAGGUGAAAGGCAGAGUCUGGAGCUCUAUUUA